AUGAACCCCCUCCUCCAGACGCCCACACACCACCACCAUCAUCCUCAUCUUCAGUCAUCUCAACAACAGCAACAACAACUCACUCAGCAGCAACAUCAACAACUACAACAACGACAUCAACAUCAUCAACAGCAACAACAACAACAUUCAACACUGACCUCUAGCAAUACUCCAACAAACACAAACAGCAACAACACUCAGCACCUUUCAAAUAACUCGACAACAUCUUCCACAACAACAACAACGUCCACAAACACUAACAAAAACGACCUAAAACAACAACAGCAGCAGCAGCAGCAACAGCAACAACAACAAACAAACGUUGAAUGCGUCGUUUGUGGCGACAAAAGCAGCGGCAAGCACUACGGUCAGUUCACAUGCGAGGGUUGCAAAAGUUUUUUUAAAAGGUCCGUCAGACGAAACCUUACGUACACGUGCAGGGGGAGUCGGAACUGCCCCAUCGACCAACACCACAGGAACCAGUGCCAAUAUUGUAGGUUCAAGAAGUGUUUAAAGGUCGGCAUGAGACGAGAAGCCGUACAAAGAGGUCGCAUCCCUCCAAACCAGCACCCCGGUUACUCAGGGCAACUUGUACCAUUUGGACAUGGUCCCCCAAACGGCGGUGGCAUGCACCCGAUGAAUGGUCACCCACAUCACACUGGUUAUUUAUCGGGGUUUGUUUCUAUGCUGCUCAGGGCUGAGCCCUACCCAGGCACGAGUAGGUACGGCAGUCACUGCACGCAGAUGAAUAUGAUGGGGAUUGAAAAUAUUUGCGAACUGGCGGCUAGACUGCUGUUCAGCGCUGUGGAGUGGGCGAAAAAUAUUCCAUUCUUCCCUGAUUUGCAAGUGACAGACCAGGUUGCUCUCCUGAGACUCGGGUGGAGUGAGCUCUUCGUCCUGAACGCAGCCCAAUGCAGCAUGCCCCUUCACGUGGCGCCACUUCUCGCCGCUGCCGGGCUACACGCCAGCCCCAUGGCGGCAGAUCGGGUGGUGGCCUUCAUGGAGAAUAUUCGAAUAUUUCAAGAACAAGUUGAAAAGUUGAAAGUCCUCCACGUUGAUUCGGCAGAGUACAGCUGCCUGAAAGCUAUCGUUAUUUUCAGCUCUGACGCCUGUGGCAUCUCAGAUGUGGCCCAUAUCGAAAGCAUCCAAGAAAAAUCGCAGUGUGCCCUUGAGGAAUACGUGCGAACGACCUACCCGAACCAACCCACGCGUUUCGGCAAACUUCUUCUAAGACUGCCAUCUCUAAGGACGGUUUCUGCACAGGUCAUAGAGCAGCUCUUCUUCGUCAGACUCGUCGGCAAGACUCCAAUUGAAACACUCAUCAGGGACAUGCUACUAAGUGGCGGUUCCUUCAGCUGGCCAUAUAUGAAUAUACAGUAAAGAAGAGGAAGAAGAUGGUGAGGAUGAUGGUGGUGGUAGAAACGAAAAAGAAGAUGAAGAUGAUGACGACGAACGUAUGGUUGUGAUAAAUAUUUUGAGAUGAUGAUGACAUAAAUGAGUGAAAAGGGAUGAAAAAUAAAAAUGUUUGGGCCGCGAUGACAGUGACCAAUGGCGAUAUUCACUCACAGCCAGUCAAUCGAGGAAAUUAAAAAUUGUGAUUUCAAAAUGAUAACAAUAAUAAAAACAAUUUAAAACAGUAAAUAAUAAAAAAUAAAAAUGUAAACGAAUUGAUGGCUGAUAGUUGAUAACAAUAAUACUUGUAACGAUAAUAAAAGUAAUAAUAAUAUUUACAUCAUCAACAGUAAUUAUUAUCAACAUUCGCCAUAUUUCACUAAAUUUAUUGUCUUAUACUGGGGCAUAUACAAAAGGGGGAAGGGUAAUUGCCAUUGCCCCACUUUAAGUUAAGGGGAAAGGAACAAUUCUAUUAUGAAAAUUUUGGUUGAAACUUUUUUAAUCUGUGUGGCUAUUCAUCAAAUAAAGACCAUUUUCUACCAAUAAUGUUAACGGUUUCUCACUUUUU